AUGGGAUGGGAUUCGGACCCGCAGGAGUCUGAACUGCCAGCAAUUGAUCGUUUACUUGCGCAUAUUCGUGAACAAGAUCACAACAAAUCAGCUAUCGAACGUCUACUUGAUGUGGCGUUUGCUAGAAUGGGAAGAACUCCUCCAAAAGCGUUACCAACAUCGGCGUCAUACCCAACGUUAGUAGCUUGCGAACUAGAAUCAUCCGAUAUUGGAAAAUGUCACGAAGAAACAUUGUUUUGUAUGAUGGAUAAUGGUUAUACAUCAACGCCAUUGUUACGACCUAACACAAAUGGAACAUCAUUAUCGAGAACUAAUUCAUUGAUAAAUAAUCAGUUUGAUUAUUACUUAGAUAAAAAAUUGUCAAAUUAUCCGUAUACUACAAGCCAUCAGAAUUUGACAUAUUUAUAUAAUGAUGACUCAAGGAAUAUCCUUGAAAGUUUCAAACGGUUGAAUGUUGAAAAUGAUUGCCGGUUGAAACGGGCAGCAGCACAAGAGCGACGACAAGCUACACUCAAACCUGGUCUAUGCUGGAAUUCACCAUUACCCGUUCGUCCAAGAAGUUUUUCCAUUCAAGCUCCUUCAAUGUCUUGCAAAGUGUUUCUUGGCGGUAUUCCACAUGACAUUCAUGAACGUGAUUUGAAUUCUCGAUUGGCUGAGUUUGGUUCUUGUCGUCUUGAAUGGCCAACAGAUAAUUUUGCGAUAAAUCGUAAUGGAAAUCACGGUAAAUCUGGUUACGUAUACGUCAUUUUUGAUCAUGAACAAUCCGUUCAUCAGUUAUUGAGAGUUUGUUCACAAAAAAGCGAACGAAAUUUAAAUGAUGGACGUUGUGAAUAUUAUCUCGAUGUCCCAAGUCAUCGUACAAGUGCUCGUCGAAAAAGUAUUCAAAUAAUUCCCUGGUUUACGGAAGAUUCACAAUGGAUGAGUGAAAAAUUAGAGUCAUCGCCAACUUAUGAACAAAAACUAUUAGAAUUUCAAACAAAUACAAAUUUAACGGUUUUUGUUGGUGCACUACAUGGAAUGAUGACAGCGUUUGCACUGGCAAAAAUAUGUCAUUCAUUAUUUGGCGAUGUGGAAUUUGCUGCAAUUGAUACAGACCGCAAUAAAUAUCCUAUAGGCUCUGGUCGAGUUAUCUUUCAAAAUGUUCAUAGUUAUUUUGCUGCUGUGACAGCCAAUUACAUAAUGAUUGAUUGUGAUCGAUUUUCUAAAGUGAUUCAAAUUGAUCCCUAUUUAACCGACAGCCAUAUUUGUGCCGGUGUUAAUGGCAAACCGUGUAUAAAUGUUGGUAGUUAUUUUUGUCGUAGUUUAAAAUGUUGGUCAUAUUAUUGUGGAUAUUGCUGGAAUAUAAAACAUGCACAUAUUUCAAAAAAAUUAAAACUAAAUCAGUAUGAUACGUAUGGAAAUUCAGAUGAGAUUUAUGAAGAAGAAUGGAAUGAAGACAGUAGUGAACCAUUAUCUAUGCAACAUAAAUAUAAGGACGACGAGUAUGAGCUUCAUGACAAUGAACCUGGAAUAAAUGAAUUAUUGACUGAAUAUCAGCGUGAACUGGAAUAUUUAAAAAAAAUACCUGGUAUUCAAGUAAAUGAGCUUGAUGAAUUGAUCACGCAUCGUUUGAAAGAAAAAUACACAAAAAGAAAGAAUGCCAAACGUAUUUCUCACUCAACAUUGUCUCAAUCAACAUUGUCUCAAUCCAAUCCAGAAUUAGACACAACAAAUUAUAGUGGAAAAAAUCAACAACAAACCUUGUAUUCUCCGAUCAUUAAGCCAGUUUCAUCACUGGAUUUAUUGAAUGCAAGUGGAUCAACGAAUCUACCCUUGACACUAUUUAAUGAUGAUCAAACGGAUUAUAUUAUUGAACAUUUGAAACAAGUCAGUAUGAAAAACGAUAGCCGUCUGAAAAAAGCAGCUCAGCAAGAACGACGACAAGCAACACGUUUUUUUGGAAAAGUUAAGCCAGGUCUGUGUUGGACGGCACCAUUACCCGUUCGUCAACGUCCAUUUUCAAUUGAAAUACCACCCAUUUCAUGCAAAGUUUUUCUUGGUGGAAUACCACACGAUUUGCAAGAAAGAGAUUUAUGUGCUCGAUUGAAUGAAUUUGGUCCUUGUCGUGUUGAAUGGCCUACAGAUGGAACGGCUCUACAUCGUCGUUCAAAUCAUGGUAAAGCUGGUUACGUUUAUGUAAUUUAUGAUCAUGAACAAUCUGUUCAUCAAUUAUUACAAGCAUGUUUACAACAAACCCAUCGUCAUACAGACGGAAGAUGUGAAUAUUAUCUCAAUGUACCAAAUCCUCGCUCAGCAUCACGUCGUAAAAGUAUUCAAAUAAUACCAUGGUUCACAGAAGAUUCACAAUGGUGUAAUAAUAAAGAUGAUACAUCACCAUUCGUUCAAAAUGAUCGUAAUAAACCAUCUGAGGCUGAUCAUACGGUUUUUGUUGGUGCAUUACAUGGAAUGAUGACUGCGUACGCAUUGGCACAAAUAUUUACAGUAUUAUUUGGUCGUGUUGAAUUUGCUGCUAUCGACACAGAUCGCAAUAAAUACCCCAUCGGGUCUGGUCGUGUUAUAUUUGCUGAUAUGCAUUCUUAUUUUUCUGCAAUAACAGCCAAUUACAUUUUCAUUGAUUGUGAUCGAUUUUCAAAAGUGAUUCAAGUUGAUCCAUACCUGAUUGAUACCCAUACAUGCAGUGGUACCGAUGGUAAACAAUGUUCAAAUACUGGUCAAUAUUUUUGUCGUAGUUUAAAAUGUUGGAAAUAUUAUUGUGCUAAUUGUUGGAGUAUUAAACAUUCGGUUGAUCCAAAAAAAGCACAAGAAUUGAAUGUGUAUGAUGCAGAUCGAUCAACUCCGGCUAUGAUUCAUAAACCAUUGAUGCGUAAUGCACGUUCACAGUAA